AUGGGCAACGAGGCGAGCCUGGAAGGAGGCGAAGGGAUGGGCGCCUUCCCCGAAGGGGCGGCGGCGGCCGGGGAUGGCGGCGGCUCCGCGGCCCCCUUGCAGCGCCUGGUCCCGGCCGGGGUGGAGGCGGACCUGAGCCAGCUGAGCGAGGAGGAGAGGAGGCAGAUCGCCGCUGUCAUGUCAAGGGCGCAGGGGCUGCCCAGAGGGAACCUCGCCGGCGCGGAGCCGCCUCCCAUGCAAAGACAUCCUGAGCCUGAUACAAGCCACCGUCCCAGACAACCAGGUAAGCCUCCAGAUCCAGGACCAUCAGGUUUAAGUAAAAGCAGAACAGUAGAUGUGCUGAAGACAGAACAACGGGCACCUGGACGGAGCCCUUCUACUCUUAGUCUACGGGAAUCAAAGUCCAGGACUGAUUUUAAAGAAGAUCAGAAGCCAAGUAUGAUGCCCAGUUUUCUCUCAGAAGCCAAUCCACUGAGUGCAGUCACUUCAGUUGUGAACAAAUUCAAUCCUUUUGAUUUGAUAUCAGAUUCAGAUGCAGCUCAUGAAGAAGCCAGUAGGAAACAAAAAGUAACCCCAAAAGAGCAAGGGAAACCCGAGGAGCAGAGGGGCCCUGCGAAACAUCCAACUCAACCACAGUCUCCAAAGCCAGCUGUUCAACAACAAGGACCUGUCAGACCUACCCCUCAGCAAACUGAGUCUUCCAAACCAGUGCCUCAGCAGCAGCCUGGGGAACCAAAGCAAGUUCAGAAACCAGGCCAUGGCCACCCAGCAGAUGCUAAGCAAGAGCAAGCGAAACAACCGCCCCAGCCACGAGGACCACAAAAAUCUCAACCACAACAGUCAGAACCAACGAAGCCUGUUCAACAACAAACUUCUGCAAAACCUUCACCAGGCCCAACAAAACCCUCCCCACAGCAACCAGACAGCACUAGAAUGACGUCCCAAGCACCACCUCCCACAAAACCCCCAUCACAGCAGCCAGGACCUGUAAAACAACCAUCUCAACAGCCGUCACGACAAGGAGGUCCUGCAAAGCCAUCAUCCCAGCAAGCAGGGCCUCCAAAACAGCCUUCUCAGCAACCUGGACCCGAAAAGCCAUCUGCUCAGCAAACGGGACCUGCAAAACAGCCACCCCAGCCUGGAUCUGGGAAGCCGCCUCCACAGCAAACAGGGCCUGUGAAACAAGUGCCACCACAGGCAGGGUCUACAAAAACACCUUCUCAGACUGCAGGGGCCACAAAGCCCCCGGCACAGCAACCAGGACCUACAAAACCACCUGGCCAGCAACCAGGACCAGACAAACCCCCGCAGCAAAAGCCAGCUGGUGGCAGCCAACCCCCUGAGUCCGCCCCAAAGAAAACCUUCUGCCCUCUUUGCACAACCACCGAGCUGCUGCUGCACACUCCAGAAAAGGCCAACUACAACACGUGCACCCAGUGUCACACUGUAGUCUGCAGCCUGUGUGGAUUCAAUCCUAACCCUCAUAUCACAGAGAUUAGUGAAUGGCUCUGUUUAAACUGCCAGAUGCAAAGAGCAUUAGGGGGUGACCUAGCACCAGGUCAUGGUCCUGGGCCACAGCCACCUCCACCCAAACAGAAGACACCCAUUCCACCUUCAACAGCUAAACCAUCCCCCCAGCCACAGCCAGUUCAAAAGAAAGAUGUUUCUCCCAAACCUGAUCCUUCACAGACAGCAGAAUCUAAAAAAACCCUGCCACAGAAAAAGCAACCGUCCUUGCCUGGGUCUCCCCCUGUAAAACCGAAACAACCCCACCCAGAGCCCACUGAGACAUCUCAGAAAAUAGAUGCUACUCCAAAGUCUGAUCAGGUCAAGCCAACGCAGGCUGAGGAUAAGCAAAAACAACCCAGUGGAGAGAAGCCUGUGGCAGACACUGUGCCUACUUCUGCAGCACCAGGGCAGAAACAGGACUUGGCAGGUCCCAAACCGCCACCAACUCAACAGAAAGUGACAGAUUCCCCAAAGCCAGAGCCUGCCAAGCCUUCACAGGACACACAUGCAGCUGAGGAUAAGCCAGAUUCCAAACCUGUUCCACAGGUGUCUCGGCAGAAGUCAGACCCCAAGCUUGCGUCUCAGCCUGUGACUAUACCAGAUGCUAAAACUCAAAAGCCUGUUGAGCCAACACAAACAAAAGAUGACCCUAAAAAGUUACCAACAAAACCAGCCCCAAAGCCUGAUAGCAAACCAGCUCCCAAGGGCCCACAAGCAGGGGCAGGACCCAAGCCAGUGCCAGCACAGCAACUGCCUCAGAAAACUCCAGAGCAAUCAAGGCGUUUCAGCCUUAAUCUAGGAGGCAUCACCGAUGCCCCUAAGCCUCAGCCUACAACACCACAAGAAACAGUUACUGGGAAACUCUUUGGCUUUGGAGCUUCAAUCUUCAGCCAGGCCUCAAAUUUAAUUUCCACAGCGGGUCAGCCGGGGUCUCAGACAUCAGCUCCACCUGCACCUGCUCCUGCAACAAAGCAGCCCCAGCCUCCACCUCAGCCUCCAGCCCCUCAGGCAGCCCCCAAAGAGGCUGGUCAGGCUCAGCCUCUUCCAAAAGCUAUUCCUGCAAAAAAAGAAGCCAAGCCUCUUACAACCGAGAAACCGGAGCCAUCAAAAGCAGAUAGUGUUUUAACAACUAAAGGAUCUGAUUUAGAGAAGAAACCUGGUUUGGCAAAAGAUAGCAAGCCUCAGGCUGCUGAAGCUAAAAAACCUCCUGGGCUGUCGGAACCAGAGAAAGCCAGCCAACCUGAAGUAUCUUGUCCCCUUUGUAAAACUGGACUAAAUAUUGGUUCUAAGGAUCCUCCCAACUUUAAUACCUGCACAGAGUGCAAGAAAGUUGUGUGCAAUCUCUGUGGAUUUAACCCGAUGCCGCACAUAGCUGAGGUACAGGAAUGGCUGUGCUUAAACUGCCAGACCCAAAGGGCAAUGUCAGGACAACUUGGAGAUAUGGGCAAGGUGCCACUUCCAAAAACAGGCCCUUCACAACCAGUAUCCAAACCACCUGCUACUCCUCCAAAACAGCCUAUGCCUGCUGUCUCACAUUCUCCUCAGAAGACUUCCACACCGCCUACUCCAGCAGCAACGAAGCCGAAAGAAGAACCAGGCGUUCAGAAGGAAGCUCCAAAACUUCAACAGGGGAGGCUGGAAAAAACAUUGUCAGCUGAUAAAAUCCAACAAGGGUUUCAAAAGGAAGAUGCAAAACUUAAGCAGGGAAAACUUGUCAAGACAUCCUCAGCUGAUAAAAUCCAGCGUGUUUCUCAGAAGGAAGACCCAAGGAUUCAGCAAACAAAGCUGACAAAGACAGCCUCAUAUGAUAAAGUUUUGCACGAAGUUCAGAAGGAGGAUGAAAAGCUUCAAGAAGCAAAACUAGCAAAAACAUCCUCAGCUGAUAAAAUUUUGCAUGGAGUUCAGAAGGAAGACAUAAAACUUCAAGAGGCAAAAUUGGCGAAAGUACCUUCAGCUGACAAAAUUUUACAGGGAAUUCAGAAAGAAGACCCAAAACUCCAACAGAUGAAAAUGGCAAAGGCACUGUCAGCUGACAAAAUCCAACCUGCAGCUCAGAAGGAAGAUGCACAACUUCAGGAAAUCAAAAUGCCAAAGGCAGUUUCAGUUGAUAAAAUACAACAUAGGAUUCAGAAAGAAGAUCCAAAACUUCAACGUGAGAAAAUUAUGAAAACUUCAUCAGUGGAGAAAAUCCAAGAGGAACAUCAAAAAGAAGAAACAAAAAUUCAGAAAGAGAAACUGUCAAAGACACCUUCAACAGAUAAAAUUCCUGUAACAGUAAGUUCAGACCAAAAGAAACCACUAAGCACAUUGGAAGAAGAUAAAAAACCUGUGCUCCCAGAAACAAGCACACCACAUCCAGAGGACAAAAAAGAACAAAUUAGAGCUGAGAUUAAAGACCAUAUUGCUGAACAGAAAGAAGUUGAAGCACCUUAUAAGGGACUGCAAGCUAAGGAGCAAGAGGAUUUUAAGAAAGAGGAUUUGACAACUGGGAUUUCACAGACGGUUUCGAAAGCUGAAAAGGCUCAGGAAGAAGAAAUUCCUGUUCAAACAACACCUUUGCCAGGAACCGAACACGUGGAAGUAGCACGAGAAAAAAUAGAAAAGGAGGAUGAAAAAUCAGACACAUCAAGCUCUCAGCAACAGAAAAGUCCACAAGGUCUGAGUGACACCGGGUAUUCUUCUGACGGGAUAUCGAGUUCACUUGGUGAAAUUCCAAGUCUUAUCCCCACUGAUGAAAAGGAUUUACUCAGAGAAACUAAUAAAAAAGACACUAUUUCGCAAGAAAGUCCACCAAGCCCCUCAGAUCUAGCUAAACUAGAAAGUACUGUACUGUCAAUUUUGGAAGCUCAGGCAAGUACUCUUUCUGAUGAAAAAUCUGCAAAAAGCAAAGUGCUUUCUGAGACAUAUGGUGAAGAGACAAAAGAUCAACAUAAAGCAAAGCCUUUGCCAGUCACUCCAGAAUCUUACAGUUCAGAGGAGGAAGACUUAGAAGCUAUUAAAGAAGGUGAAGGAACCAUUGUAGAAGAGGGCAAAGGAAGUGCUUCCUCGCAGGCAGACUACAAGGAAGAACAUGAAGGAGACGACGUAUCAGCAAGAAGACAACGCUAUGAUUCCGUGGAAGACAGCAGUGAGAGUGAAAACUCACCUGUCCCAAGGAGAAAAAGAAGAACUAGUGUUGGUUCUUCAAGCAGUGAUGAGUACAAACGAGAUGACAGUCAGGGAUCAGGUGAUGAGGAAGACUUCAUUAGAAAACAGAUUAUGGAGAUGAGUGCUGAUGAAGACGCUUCAGGUUCUGAAGAUGAUGAGUUCAUUAGAAAUCAACUGAAAGAGAUCAGUGCAACUGAAAGCCAAAAGAAAGAAGAAGUGAAAAGCAAAGCCAAAGGAACAGCUGGAAAACAUAGAAGAAUGGCACGGAAAAGUAGUGCAGGCUAUGAUGAGGAUGCAGGGAGAAGACAUUCGUGGCACGAUGACGAUGAUGAGACUUUUGAUGAAAGCCCAGAGCCAAAAUACAGGGAAAGUAAAAGUCAAGACAGUGAAGAACUUGCAAUAACUGGAGGAGGAGGCCUUCGACGUUUCAAAACAAUAGAACUAAAUAGUACAGUAGCAAACAAAUACUCUGAAGUAACUGAACAACAGAAAGGUAUUUUAUAUUUUGAUGAAGAGCCUGAGCUAGAGAUGGAGAGUCUUACAGAUUCACCAGAAGAUAGAUCUAGAGGAGAAGGAUCUUCUAGUUUACAUGCUUCUAGUUUCACACCAGGUACAUCUCCUACUUCAGUGUCAUCACUUGAUGAAGAUAGUGACAGCAGUCCUAGUCACAAAAAACUGGGAGGUGAGAGCAAACAACAGCGCAAAGCCAGACAUCGGACACAUGGUCCUCUUCUUCCAACUAUUGAAGACUCUUCAGAAGAAGAAGAACUACGGGAAGAGGAAGAACUUCUAAAGGAACAAGAGAAACAGCGUGAAUUAGAACAGCAACAAAGAAAAAGUUCUAGCAAAAAAUCUAAAAAGGACAAGGAUGAGCUAAGAGCCCAGAGAAGAAGGGAACGUCCAAAGACUCCACCAAGUAAUCUUUCUCCCAUUGAAGACGCAUCUCCAACAGAAGAAUUACGACAGGCAGCAGAAAUGGAAGAGCUGCACAGAUCUUCCUGUUCUGAAUAUUCACCCAGUAUUGAGUCAGAUCCUGAAGGAUUUGAAAUCAGCCCAGAAAAAAUAAUAGAAGUACAAAAAGUUUACAAAUUGCCUACUGCUGUCUCUCUAUACUCACCAACAGAUGAACAACCAGUUGGACUCCCAAAAGAAGAAAGUGGUCAAAAGACAUUGAAAAGUGCUGAAGAGGUAUAUGAGGAAAUGAUGCAUAAGUCCAAAUCAUUUCAAAUUGCAAAUGAAAAAGAUGAAAUAUUUGAAAAAGAAUCUUUAUAUGGUGGAAUGCUUAUAGAGGAUUAUAUUUAUGAAUCUUUAGUAGAGGAUACUUACAAUGGAAGUAUUGAUACUAAUCUUGUCAUGAGACAAGAUGAGAGCAGUGAAUAUAUGCAACAGAGAGGAAAAGAGAAAAAACCAAGAGCUUCAGAACAGGUCUAUGAUGAAACACAGAAAGUUACUGAUCUAGAGAAAGACUACUAUAAUGUUGAGACUUUACAUACUAUUGUGCCUCAAGAAGAUAUUGUUUCUAGUUCUUACAUUAUUCCAGAAAGUCAUGAAAUAGUUGUAUUAGACAGCACAGUAACUUCUACCACCGAGGAAAAGCACUUGUUAGAUGCAGAAGCUGCUUAUGAAGAGCUUAUGAAAAGACAGAAAAUGCAGCUAACCCCUGGCUCCAGUCCAACACAACCAACUUCAGAUUUCAUUCCCACAUCUGAUACAAAGGUAUCUGGUGUUGGAGAGAUAGUGGAUAGUACAUCUUUAACAUCAAGCACUACUUCAGCAAUCUCAGAUAUAUCACCUGUCAGUAGCACAACACUUUCUAUUCCAGAUGUUAAAAUAACACAGCAUUUUACAGCAGAGGAAAUUGAAGAUGAAUACUUAACAGAUUAUGCCAGAGAAAUUCAAGAAAUAAUUUCUCAUGAAACAUCAAUAUUGACAUAUUCUGAGCCAUCUGAAGUUGCUGCAUCAGUUUUACCUUCUGAUACAGCUUCCUUAACAUCAUCUACAUCUUCAGUUUGUACCACAGAUAGUUCAUCACCUAUAGAUAGUGCAACCACAGGUUUUAUAGGUACAGCAGAUGCUGUAAGUAAACCAGCAGAUGCUGAAGGUAUCAGUACAAUAACCCAGGUUCCCCUAACGUCUGCAAAAGAGUACUCUGAAGUGAGCAUGCCUUAUGAAUCUAUUGAUGGAGCCACUAAAAAGCCUUCCAUAGCAUCAGAUAAGGAGAGUGUGGAUCAAACUGCAGUUUGUUUGCCUGAAACUACACCUUCAGUAGUGACAACUACAGUUGCAAAACCCAAGGAAUAUGUGGCUGAUACUGUUUCCUUUGAUACCUCCAAAGCAGAGAAGGAAGCAGCUAGAAAAAUGAAAAGUACAAUAGAGGCUGGAAGUGUCAAAAUUCAUCAUGAAGAACCACACAAAGAAUUAGGUGUUGAUAUGGCAAGGAUUGAUUUGACUAGUGUUACAUCUGAGCAACCACCUAUAUGUAUAGCAUCAUUACCAGUUACAGAGCCUGCAUCAGAAACAUCUUCUGUACCCACUCCCAGUGUUGUAAGUAAGACCAGCAUGGUCUCUGUGCCUUCCUCAGCUCCUGCUGUUUCAGCCAAAGUAUUCUCUCUUUUUAGAAGCUCUUCUUUGGAUUCUCCUGCACAACCUUCUCCACCCCCACCUCCUCCUCCUCCACCACCACCACCACCUCCACCACCAUUACCACCUCCACCUAUUUUACCCAAGCCAGCCAUUUAUCCCAAAAAGAAGUCACAGGUUAAGACUACAGCAGCAACAGUUCCCACAGUGGUCCCUUCAGUCACAACUGUUCCAGCACUAGAGUCCACAGCUGUAUUAAAGAAUCAUGUGGUACCUAUCACAAAAACAUACACUCCAACACCACCUCCUGUACCACCUAAACCAUCUUCCAUCCCAGCAGGACUUGUUUUCAGUCACAGGCCCACUGAAGUAACUAAACCUCCAAUUGCUCCUAAACCAGCAGUACCUCCACUCCCAAUAGCUGUUCAUAAGCCAGCAGAAACACAGCCCAAACCAGUAAGUUUGUCAUUGACUUCAAGUAUGACUCUGAAUUUGGUCUCCACAGCUGAGUACAAAAUACCAUCACCCACUUCCCCUUUGUCUCCACACUCUAACAAAUCUUCACCAAGACUGGCAAAACCCUCACAGGAAACAUAUGUUGUCAUCACAUUGCCAUCAGAGCCCGGAACUCCCACAGAAGCUAUAACUAGUCAGGCUGUUACCAGCUGGCCUUUAGAAGCACCUCCUAAAGAACAGAUUCCCCAGCCUAUGCAACCAGUUUUUACUUCACCCAUGAAAACUAUGGAAAUUCAAAGUACGGCCGGUCAGAGUAUGUAUAUUUCAGGUGCUUUGCAAGCUAUUCCUGUGGCAACACAAUCGGCUUUUGAAAAAAUACCUAGUUCAAAACCAGAAGUAGUAACCACAGAGGUAACCAAGACCACGGUGUCUGUGGUUAAGGGUCCAGUGCCUGGUUAUGGUUUAGGUAGUGUUGCUAUUACUAUACCUCCAGAGCCACUACAUAUAGUAGAUCAACCCAGAUAUAGAGAGAACGGAAGAUUCCAUCCUUUGGGUGAUGUCAUAGAUCUUCGCACUUUAACUAAGAUGGACGUUGAAAUGAGAGACAGCUGUAUGGAUCUGUCUGCUGUUUCCAUGGACGUGAGAAGGCAAAUGCCAGUGAGUGACACAGGUGGGCGCCCAGUAAGUACUGUCCAGCCAUCCAUAAUAAACCUGAGCACUGCGUGUGUUGCUGAUCCUUCCCUGUCUGUAGUCACUGGGACAGUAACAGUAGUGACCUGCACUGCCACUGUGAGCUACACCACCAGUACAGACAGCCUUGUGGAUCUGGGACAUGCAAUGACAAUACCGCUCCAGCUGACAACAUCAAAACAUUUUGAGCCUCCAUACAGAGUAACAAGCAGCCAGGCUUUCUCUGCAGGUAGAGAUGAAGUGCCAAUAAAUUUAUCCCUAGGUACUUCAACACAGGCAAUGACAUGGGCUACUACAAAGCCUGUUACUGUACCACCUGUUGGUGUUACAAAUGGUUGGACUGAUCUCUCCACUUCUCAGGAGCCAGCAGAGAGUGGAGCAGUUGACCUUAGCACUACAAAAUCCCACAGAACAGUAGUAACAAUGGAUGACACUACUUCAGGUAUCAUAACAACAGUAAUAGAAGAUGAUGAAAAGCCUGUAGAUCUGACUGCAGGGAGAAGAGCUGUCUGCUGUGAUAUGGUUUAUAAAUUGCCAUUUAGGAGCUGUGCAGCACAGCAGCCACCUACUACACUUCCUGAAGAUCGCUUUGGCUACAGAGAUGACCAUUAUCAGUAUGAUCGUUCAGGGUCAUAUGGCUACCGAGGAAUGGGAGGUAUGAAACCAUCUAUGUCUGACACAAAUUUAUCAGAAGCUGGACUGUUUGCAUAUAAAAGCAAGAAUAGCUUUGAUUAUCGAGUUGGGGCAACUGAUACAGCAGUAGAUCUUACUUCUGGAAGAGUAACUACAGGUGAGGUUAUGGAUUACUCAAGCAAGACUACUGGUCCAUAUGCAGAGACUCGGCAGGUGGUUUCUGGCCUCGGGCUCAGUGCACCACAGUAUUCCCAAGCAAGAAUGGUAUCAUCUCUGGGUUCCCAGUUUGGCGUUGGAAGUGUUUUAAGAUCAUCCAAUGGUGUUGUUUAUUCUUCAGUAGCAACUCCAAUCCCAUCCACAUUUGCCAUCACUACACAACCUGGUUCUAUUUUCAGUACAACUGUCAGAGAUUUACCUACUCUCCAAACAAUUGACUCGGUGCCCUCUUUAUCAACUUUGCAACAGAGUCAACCUCUCCCAAGAUCAUACAGUUUCUUAACAACUGUGGCAGCUGAAAAAGAUAGUGCAAUUACUGCCAUUGAUAUGGAGACAAGGUUACCACCUCAUACUGUAGAAACUAUUACCACUGAGCCAACCAGCUUGAUACCUACUUUAACUACGGCAUCUGAAGUUUAUACAGAUGUAAUUGAUGAUGAGGUUGCCCUUCUCAUUGCCCCCGAAGAAGGCAAACAGCAGCAGCUUGAUUUGGAGCGGGAACUUCUUGAGCUUGAGAAAAUUAAGCAGCAGCGCUUUGCAGAAGAGCUGGAAUGGGAACGUCAGGAAAUUCAAAGAUUUAGGGAACAAGAAAAGUUUAUGGUGCAAAAAAAACUUGAGGAGUUGCAAUCUAUGAAACAUCAUCUCUUAUUUCAGCAGGAGGAGGAACGACAAGCUCAGUUUAUGAUGAGACAAGAGACAUUAGCCCAGCAGCAGUUGCAGCUUGAACAAUUCCAACAACUUCAACAGCAGCUCCACCAACAAUUAGAGGAGCAAAAACUUCGUCAAAUAUAUCAGUAUGGUUACGACCCUUCAGGAACUGGCUCGCCACAAACUACCACAGAUCAAACUCUUUUGGAAGGACAGUAUGCCACUGCAGAAAAUGGUCAGUUUUGGCCUACUGAUGAUGCAACCACUACAGCUUCAGGAGUGCUGGGUAUUGAAAUUCCACAAAGCCAAGCAUGGUACACAGUUCAGUCUGAUGGCAUUACCCAGUACAUACCUAGGUCUGGUAUCCUAAGCUCAGUUUCAGAAAUGUCUCUUAAGGAUAUUGAUGUUAGAGAGGAGAAGCAAUUGAAAAAGAGAAGUUCUAUGCCAAAAUUACGUGGUCCAUAUGAGGAGUUUGAGCAGACCCUGGAAGAAGAGCCCCGGUGCUUCAAAAAGAUAGUGGACAGUGGAGUGCAAACUGAUGAUGAAGAUGGAGCAGACAGAGGCUACACAAACAGGAGACGGAGAAGUAAGAAGAGUGUUGAUACAAGUGUUCAGACGGAUGAUGAAGAUCAAGAUGAAUGGGAUCUUUCUAGCAAAUCCAGAAGGAAGCCUCGGAUAGGGAAAUACAGUGAGAGUACCACUGAGGCAGACAAAACUAAACCAUUCUCCAAAGUCUCUAGUAUUGCAGUUCAGACAGUAGCAGAGAUUUCCGUACAAACAGAACCUGUAGGAACAAUAAGAACACCUUCAAUCAGGGCCCGAUUGGACGCUAAGGUUGAAAUCAUAAAGCACAUUUCAGCUCCAGAAAAGACAUAUAAAGGAGAAAGUCUGGGAUGUCAAAGUCCCCAAUAUCUGUCAGCUUCAUCUCCUCAGAAAGAUAAAAAACGUCCAACACCAUUAGAGAUAGGAUACUCAUCCCACCUUCGUCCAGACUCCACAUUGCAGGUAGUCCCUUCCCCUCCCAAAUCUCCCAAAGUUCUCUAUUCACCCAUUUCACCUGUUUCACCAAGCAAAGUUAUAGAGUCAGCAUUUGUACCCUAUGAAAAACCCAUCACUGAUGACAUCAGCCCUCAGAAGAUGCUGCAUGCUGACAUUGCCAAGGUUCCUCCAAGCCCAAAGGCAGCAAAGAUGAUGCAACGCUCUAUGUCUGAUCCUAAGCCCCUGAGUCCCACAGCAGAAGACAGUUCCAGAGCUCAGUUUCAGUACACUGAGGGUUUUAUG